CUCUCACUCUUGACAUUGAAUGCUUCCUAAAAUGUCACUCUAUUCUUGCUUUUUAAUAAUUUAACCUGUAAACACAUGUUUUGUGAUUUGUUAUUCUUGUUCUAAAUUUCGUUUCCUCAAUCAUCCAUUAUUCAGUUUUCCUCCCGAGAUGUAUUCUGCAAUUAGAAGUGGAAUUUCAUUUUAAAUCAUUCGUUUUGCCAUCGGAUAUGCUUCUGCCUUGCAAGUAACUCAUUUGACCCAAAUAAUACAGAAAUAGCAUUUCCUAACAGAGAGGUGAAAGCACCAAGCAUGAAGUUUUAAGAAACGUAAAUAUUUCAUCCAAGGAAUCCUUUACUUCUGGAAAUAAACAGAAACGAGUUUUCUCGGUUUGUAAAGGAUCUACGAAGGAUUUUUACCAUGUAUAUCUCCAUCAUACCAACCCUAAAAACAAUGGUGCUGUCGGAAAUCGUUCAUUCUUUUUACUACGAUCCCGAAAUCAGGGAACUGGAGAAAAGAUUAAAGCAGCCUCUGUGCUUCUUGUCCCCUAAAGACUGGCAACCGAUUGUCAAUCAAAGACUGUCCAAGAUUUUUCCAUCAAAAACAUUAAGAAAAGCAGUCAUUGGGUUAUUAAUGCCCAUUAGCUUGGAAGUAGUGAUGUGGGGUUACGAUCAUCGCGAGGUGAAUAAUGGAUUUUUCUCCUGCAUGGACAUGUGGCAUUGUUUCCGAUGGAAUUCCCAAGGCAUCAUUGACAGAGAACAAACUGUCAAACUGAUUGUCGCUGAAAGAAACAUAAGAAUGAUGGAUCGCUUCUUCUUGGCAUGCAAUUACAAACUGAAGGAGAGCAUACAGGAAAUGUGGAACAACAUGCCUGAAGACGACAAGGGACGAGUUAACUGGCACGGUCCAUUCACCAAUAGUUGA